CUUUGUCGACCGUGCCUGGGGUGAAUGGUGGCGAAGCAGCCUGUCAGUCAAAACGGAGGGAUGUAAUCCCCCUUUUCAUUCAACGCUGCUGCUGGGGUUUUCUGCCAAACACAGAAAGGACUGUCAACACAAAAACAUGGCUGCCUCUGCGACGGGCAGGGCGCAUAACAGGGACAAAACGACGACAGACAGUUUGAAAUGCCACGAGGAGUUUCUUUCGCAGUGUCGGGAAAUAAUAAAACCCACCAUCACGGAGUUGACCAAAGAAGUGAGGACGAACAUCCUUUGCACCGUGGAAGGAUGUGGCAAGAUUCUUCCCAACACACCUGCAUUGAACAUGCAUCUUGUGAAGUCACACAGAAUAAAGGAUGGUAUUGUCAACCCCACCGUCAGAAAGGACUUGAAGGGCUCUCAGAAACUUUACUGCUGUCCUGUUGAGGGUUGUCCAAGGGGGCCCAACAGACCAUUCUCACAAUUUUCCCUGGUUAAGCAACACUACAUGAAGAUGCAUGCAGAGAAGAAACACAAGUGCUCCAAAUGCAACAAUGGAUACAGCACAGAAUGGGACCUGAAGAGACACAUAGAAGACUGUGGGAAGACCUACCAGUGUACAUGUGGUUGCCCCUAUGCUAGCAGGGCUGCUUUGUUGUCACAUAUCUACAGGACAGGUCAUGAAAUUCCUACCGAACACAGAGUUCCUCCAGUAAAAAAGCGAAAGAUGGAGAAACAAAGUGAUUCUGAAAAGGUUAAGAGUAAUGAUUCAACUAUUCAGAUCAUUCCUGCUACUAAAGAGCUGACAGAGACUGCUCUGCCUUCUGAUUCAACUACAUACACCCCAGACCUGGUGAACCAGAACUCCAACCCUCAUAGGAACCUUCAGAAGUUGCUCCUACCAAAGCCAAAGAUGGCUUUGGUCAGUGUUCCUGUGAUGCACCUGGCCCAUUUACCUGUUCUCCUCCCAUCCGCAGAAAGUGGGACUCUGAGGUCUGUUGUUCUUGCAGUUGACAGCCAAGGCUCUGUCAGCACUCUUCAGCUCCUACCACAAACCACCGGAGCAGUAGUACCCCAACUUGAUGCAAAAAAUUUGGCUUUCAAGGACUGCAUGCCCAUGUCCCGCUCUAGCCAGGGGCCAGUUAGCACAGGGGUGCAGGUCAGUCUGGAUUCCAUGAGUCCAGAAGACUCAGCCAAUAAUGUGGCAGGACAACGAGGAAGGAGCACUUCUACCAACAUUCAGACUGACAAGUCAUUCUUGUCAAAAAUGCCCUCAGGGGUGGGGACUGGGGAGGGAAUAGGUUUGUGUUCUAUGGGUGAGUCCUCAAUUUCAUCCUGCUCCCAAACAGACAUCAGCGUUAGUGCCGAAGUCCUCCUGCCAGUCAGCGUUGAAACACAGACAUUCUUCUCUCGAGCCAAAUCCACAUCUUCUAUCGGAGCUCAGACAGACAGCCAGUGCGUGAGCCAAAUUCCUUGCUCAUCCUCAUCCCUGCUCCCAUACAAAACCAGUCAAACACAGACAUACUUUGCCAUGCCUCAAUUAGAGGAGAAAGCACAGGACCAGGCCAUCAUGUGUUCAGACCUAUUUGAUAAUGAGUCCCUCAGUGUGUCUACCCAAACAGCCCUGGACAUAAAGACCCUUAGUGCUGCAGGAAGCAAUAUAUAUGAAGACUCAAAGUCAGCAGGUGUUAUGUGUUUUGGGGUGCAGACACCUGAGAUUAGUUCAAAUAACAUGGCAGAUAACCAGACUCAAACAAUGACUCUGUUAAAUGAUCUAGAAAACAUUCUGUCUGGCAGCAUGUCAGGCCACCAGGUGCUCACAGAGGCUUCUGCUGGCUGUGGGUCAGGUCUCAGCUCGGUCCAGGAGCAACACAGUGGAAUAGACUUUGACUUUGAGGAGUUCCUCAGUGCUGUGCACAUUCAGACACAGACUGAGGAGAGUGAGCUCGGUGUACUGUGUGGUGACACGCCGCUGGAAUCUCUGGACAUUCAGACGCAGACAGACUUCCUCCUCAUGGAUGAACUGGAUCACAACGAAGGACCAAGUCGAACCCAAGCUAAUGACCUGGAGCUAUUUGAUACUCAAACUCAGACUGACCUCAAUUUCCUACUAAAUGCUGGAAGCAACAUGCACCUGAGCAGCAUCCUGCGACAUUCAAGCUUUUCUAUUAGCACCGAGUCCUCAGACACUGAAACACAGACCGAUCUCCCUUCAUUAGCCACAACUCCUUCCUCACAGACCCAUGUAGGUCAGGGUGAGCAUGCAAGGUUGCUGAACAGCACUGAGACUCAGACUGUGUCCAGCCAGGCAGAAGGCCUGGGGCACCUUUUCCUGACCAGCAAUGAAACACAGACUGUCAUGGAUGACUUCCUGUCAGCAGACCUGGCAUGGAACAUGGAGUCCCAUUUCAGCUCUGUGGAAACCCAAACAUGUGAGGAGCUUUGUGCUCUCUUUCAGCACUCUGAGAAACCCAACAGCUGAAACCCUUUUAGUGAAGCUUUUUAAGCUUUUGCAGUACGGGUUUCUAAAAGUUUGCCUCUUCCUUUAAGAGGAAAAGGUCCCUGUUAUCCACUGACAGACGAGUCUUAACAGUAAGAAGUCUGCACAAAUGUUUUUGACCAUUCCUCUGGGGCUUCAUGACAGCUCUGCAGCACUUUAUUAGGUCAAUGGGCAUGAUUUAUCAGCUCUUGUGACAGUUUACAUAUUUAUUUGCACAUAAAUUAAGAUAUUGUAUGUGUCUUGUCUGAAAUGCCACCUAACAUGCAUACUUCACUGUGUCUGGUUUGUGCUGUUUGGUCUUUGUGGCAAUUCAAAACUGACUUUCAAUUUCACAAAUGUUAGAUCUGCACUUAAGUAGCUGUAUAGGAAAGGCUUCUAAAGUCUUUUUAGAUAGCUUUUAUAAAACAGUUUUGUCUCAACUGUGCAGAAUGCAAUACUGUACAUUCAGUUUCCAUAAAAAAGUUGCAUGUAGCCUUAGUGGGAUCAGCAGCACAAAAACAUACAGUGUCUGAGCUUGUGCAUCAGGUGGCAGCCUCUUCAAUGAUACUUUGUCAGCUUCAGCAAAACUGUAAAUUCAGAAUUAAAUUUUGCAAUGGAAAAUAUGACCAGUGAUAGUCAGCUUUGUUUUGUAAAGGUAAUUGUUUUAACACUUAACAGGCCACUGCUGGAAACUGUUAAGAUGCAUCUCUGACAUGGUAACAUGUUGAGAUGUGGCACAAAUAAAAUGAAACGUUGAUGUCUUGUUAGCAGAUGCACACAUUGAAUUGAAAUGUAAUUGCGUAGUUUGAUAUUGUGACAUGUUUCUUGUAAGUGGGCCUCUAGCUAAGCAGCUCUAAUCUGAAGCAGGCUAGACUGUCGUUGUCUUUGACUUAUUCAUUAGCUGGGUGUAAAUGUAUACAGCAGCAAUGUUACUCUGCAGCAUCACAGUGGAUUAGCACAGUUACUGUAUGUAUUCACCACCUGAUACUGACUGAAGGAAGUCCUGUUAAAUAUCAGAUUUUGCUCAUGUAACAUUUGUUCACAGUAUUUUAAUUUGAUUUAUUAUGUUUCUUCUCUUAGUGGCUAAAUUGACUACAUUGUGUUUUUCUUUUUGAUGUUGAAGUCGGUUACCUUGCAGGCACCACAUACAGACUUGUUCUACAGGGAAACAGCCUCCGGCCUUGUUUAUUUGCUCAUUUUGUUUUGUUGGUGCCUUAAUCCAAGUAUUAACCUUAGCUUCGCUACCGAUCGUUUGCUGCUUUAAAAUAAAAAUCCUAUUUAUUCAAGAUGGAUAGAUGGAUGUUUUUGAAAUGGAUAAAUGUCAGAAUCCUUUCGGUUUUUACACUGCAUGUUUAAUCCAUUCUUUACUAGUGUUUUCAUCAUUAUUGCAUGAAAUAACAAAUUCCAAACUUUUCUAUCUUCUGUGGAGAUAUUUAUGUUCUGUCACAGAAAAAAUGUGCUAUGCAGCAUUGUAUUAGAUUUUUUUUUUCUUUUUGGUUCAGUUGAAUUAUUUUUACGAAGAUUUGGUUUACAUUGUUCAGAUUUAUAAAUGUAGAAACUAAAGAAUGUACAGAAAUGACACUGUGCUCGAGUAUAACAUGCUCUGUUUUUUUUUUGUUUUGUUUAGGAACAGAGCUGUACUUGUAGUUUGUGAUUCUUAAAUUCAGAUGUGGCAUUGCUGCUUCCCACAGGUUUAGUGGAGCAGAGGAAUGCCUUGCUUCUAACACAACUCUGUUGGUCUUAAGUGUCAGUAACCAGUGCUUUACUUUUUCCUGAUGAUGGAGUGCAUGCAUGUCAUUUUCCAGAGCUAAAUAUCUGAGCAGAAUUUGAGUUUCUGUUGCCUCUAUGUGUAGUUAAUGGCUGCCUUGAUUACAGUAGUGUGGAAAAGUGUUUGCCCCCUUCCUGAUUUCUUGUUCUUUAAAUGAACGUUUUUAUUGUAAAGGGUGAAAAAUAAAGAAAAUCCAAACCCUGAAUGCCCCCCCCCCUUAAAACAUUAAUGUGUUUUUGUCACACAUGUUCAAUUUCUCCAGCCACACCCAGAGAAGCCCUCACAACAUUGCUUAGCAAAAAAAUUAAGGCUCAUCUCACUGUUGCCAGAAAAUAUCAUGAUGAUCCCCAAGAUUUGGGAAAAUACUCCAUGGACUGAUGAGACAAAAGUUGAACUUUUUGGAAGGUGUGUUUCCCAUUACAUCUGGUGUAAGAAACACCAACAGUAAAAUGUGGUAGUGUGAUGGUCUGGGGCUGUUUUGCUGCUUCAGAACCUGAAAGAAGUGCCGUGAUAAAUGGAAUUCUGCUGUCUACCAAACAGUCCUGAAGGAAAAUGUCCAGCCAUCUGUUAUGACCUCAAGCUGAAACAAACUUGGGUUCUGUAGCUGGACAAUGAUCCAAAACACACCAGCAAGUCCACUUCUGAGUGGCUGAAGAAAAACAAAAUUAAGAGUUUAAAUUGCCUUAGUCCAACUCCUGACCUGAAUCCUAUUGAGAUGCUGUGGCAUGACCUUAAACAGGCAGUUCAUGCUUAAAAAAAAAAAAGACUAAAAUUCCUCCACAGUGCCGUAAAAGACUCUUUGCAAGUUAUCGCAACCGCAUGAUUGCAGUUGUUGCUAAGGGUAGCCCACCCAGUUGUAAGGUUUAGGAUGUAGGGCCAUUUAGGUUUGGUUUAAAAACCUUCAUUU